AUGGAAAAAAUCAGAAUCGCCGACAACAUAACCGAGGGGGUUCAUUGUGGUCAAUUGACAUUUGGCUGUAAAUGGAAUGCCGAGAAUGAGGAGACUGACGGUUGGGAACGGUACAGUUAUGAUGGAGAAGAUUAUGCCUCUUUGGACGUGGCGACAGAGAGCUGGACCAUAGCCAACAGAAAGUCAAGACAGUAUUUCAUUGCUACUCUCAACUUGGAACAUGACGAGGGUCCAAGAAAAUACAGGAAGUAUUUCUACACUGAAAAGUGUCUCAGUCAGUUGAAGACGUUCCUGGAGUAUGGACAGGACUUCUAUAAAAGAGCUGAGCUUCCUAAGGUUUCCCUCCUCCAGAAGACACCAUCUUCGCCGAUCACGUGCCACGCAACAGGUUUCUAUCCUAACACGGCAGAUCUCUUCUGGAGGAAAGACGGCGAACAGCUCCACAUGGACGCGGACUAUGGCGAAAUUCUUCCGAACCACGACAGAACCUUCCAGAUGACCGCGAAUCUUAAAGUGAACGUAACGGCCGAGGUGGAAGGCCACUACGAAUGUGUCUUUCAGCUCUCAGGUGUCAAGGAUGACAUUGUCAUCAAGCUGGAUGAAAGAAAAAUCCUGAGCAAUCUACGCAUUGAAAACGAAAAACAGAAGAAGGUCGCCAUCGCCACAGCCGUCCCAUUGGCUGUCCUUGGGCUGGUGGUCAUCAUCGUGGCCGUAGUCUUCGUCAAGUGUCGUAAACGCAUUCCAGGCGAUUACGCGCCACCUCCUGUUGAAAUGUCGAACUCGGAAAGGGCGAGAGAGAACGGGAACACGAUGGGAUCUGAAAUUUAA